CCAUUCCCCACGCCCACCACCAUUGUUUUGCAGCCCAUAAACUCUCCUCUUCCCUGAAUCUCUCCCUCAAUGAUUCUCUACUCCUUUCUCGUCCCCAUCAUUUCCCCUUUUCCCACUCUUUAUUUCCCUCUUUCUAUUUCAACAAACUCUUAAUUUCAAUUUCAGAACAAGUAGAGCUCUGCAGCUCUCAAUAGCAAGAACAGUGUGGUGUGGCAUUUUGGUUCUGCCGUUUCUCUCCCUGAUCGUCGUCGUUUUUGAGGGCUACUCGUUGGAGACUCCUGUUUAAGCAUUGGCUGUUCAAAUCUACUGUGGUUGGUGGUGAAUUUCAAAAUUUUUGCUGGAUGCAGUAUUGAAUUUCUCAAUCAUGACGGUAGAGAAGAUCAGAAAGUGAUGCAGAAGCAGCCUUCACAUCAUCUGUUUUCAGAUCAUUCUAAUAGUCUGCCCGUGACUAAACCCAAAGAAGAGGAAAAUGCGUGGUGCAAUUUCCACAAAUCUGAUGCCUUCCAUGCUUCACCUGUUCCUACACUAUUCUCUAGCUCAUUGCCAGUUCUUCCGCACGAGAAGUUGAACAUGAUCGACAAAGGAGUUGUCAUUCAAUCUGUUGAUGACAUCUCAUCUCACUUUAAGAAUCACAACCCAGAUAUGGAGGGGGAGGAUAUGCUCGAAGACAUUGAAACUCAUGCAAUUGGCAGCUUGCUUCCUGAUGAUGAGGAGGAGCUUCUAGCCGGUAUAAUGGAUGAUUUAGAUCUGAAUGGCUUGCCUAGCUCUCUUGAAGACUUGGAAGAAUAUGAUCUUUUCAGUAGUGGAGGCGGCAUGGAGUUGGAAACAGAUGCUCAACAAAAUGUUAGCAUUGGUUUAUCAAGGGCAGGCUUAACUGAUUGUGUAGUCGGGAGUGCAAUGCCUCCUUAUACCUUUUCAAAUGGCUCGGGAACUGUAGCUGGAGAACAUCCUUAUGGAGAGCAUCCUUCAAGAACACUGUUUGUGCGGAACAUUAAUAGUAAUGUUGAGGAUUCAGAAUUGAGAGCUCUCUUUGAGCAAUAUGGAGACAUUAGGACUUUGUAUACUGCUUGUAAACAUAGGGGCUUUGUGAUGAUAUCUUAUUAUGACAUCCGUGCUGCCCGAACUGCCAUGCGUGCAUUGCAAAACAAACCACUACGGCGGAGAAAACUUGACAUUCAUUUCUCAAUUCCUAAGAAUAAUCCAUCUGAAAAAGAUAUAAAUCAAGGAACCUUGGUAGCCUUUAAUUUGGAUCCCUCAAUUCCCAAUGAAGAUCUUCUUCAAAUUUUUGGGGCUUAUGGUGAGGUCAAAGAGAUAAGGGAAACUCCACACAAGAGACACCAUAAGUUUAUUGAAUAUUAUGAUGUUAGAGCUGCUGAAGCAGCACUGAAGGCAUUAAAUAGAAGUGACAUAGUUGGUAAACGCAUAAAGCUAGAACCAAGUCGCCCUGGUGGAGCUCGUCGAAACUUGAUGUUGCAAUUGAAUCAAGAACUUGAACCAGAUGAUUUGUGGAGUUUCCGACAUCAAGUUAGUUCACCAGUUAUCAAUUCUCCCCCAGGUAAAUGGAUGUCAUUCAACGGUUCGAUUAAACCUAGUUCCAUGGGAAGUAUUAAUAAAUUUCCUGGUUUUACAUCCAUGAGCCCAACAGGAGGCGACCAUUUGCCUGGAUUAGCAUCAGUUCUUCCUAAAGUAACGAGAAGUACUCUGAAGGUUCCUCCUAUUGGCAAGGACCAAGGAAGGGGUAACAAUAUGGAAAAUUCAUUUACCAAUAUAAAUCCAUUGCAUAUAGCUGCCCUUCAACCGUCCCAUUCAUUUCCUGAGCCUAAACCAAUCCACUAUAAUGAGACUUUGUCCUCCUUUAGACCUCUGACAUCGAGUGGAUCUAGUGUGGAAACAUUAUCUGGUCAACAAAUCAUUUGGGGGAGUCAAAAUUCAUAUUCGGAGUCGAGUAGUUCUUCUGCUAGGUCAUAUGCAAAUCAUCAUUUCUUAGCCAAUGGAAAUGGUCAGACAUUUCCAUUUCCCGGCCGGCAAACUUCUUUCUUCAGCUCAACUCCAAACUCUCACUCGCAUCAUGUUGGAUCUGCUCCAUCUGUCAUCCCAUCGGAGAGGCACUUCGGAUAUUUCCCCGAGUCACUAGAUACUUCGUUGAUGGGUCCUGUUGCAUACCGAGGUUUAGGUUCUAGUCCUCAUGCAUCUGUAAAUGUAAAUGCUGCCAUCACUAUACCAAGAAACGUGUCUGAAAAUCRCUCUUUGAGUUUUCAAAUGAUGUCUUCAUCAGUGUUGAACCCAAUGUUAUCAGGUAGCGUUCCGUACUUGGGACUGCUACCUAACAGCCUGGAUGGUUUGAAUGAGCGUGGCAGAAGCAAGUGGAUUGAGAAUAAUGGAAAUCAAAUCGACAGUAGGAAGCAGUUUCAGCUCGACUUGGAUAAAAUUAAGAGCGGGGACGAUACACGAACAACCUUAAUGAUAAAAAACAUUCCAAAUAAAUACACAUCAAAGAUGUUACUAGCUGCCAUUGAUGAAAAUCAUAGGGGCACAUAUGAUUUUCUCUAUUUGCCAAUCGAUUUUAAGAAUAAAUGCAACGUGGGCUAUGCUUUCAUCAACAUGCUAUCUCCUCAACACAUAAUAUCAUUUUACGAGGCUUUCAAUGGAAAGAGAUGGGAGAUGUUCAAUAGUGAGAAAGUUGCUUCCUUGGCAUACGCUCGAAUUCAAGGAAAGGCAGCGCUCGUGUGUCAUUUUCAGAACUCAAGCUUAAUGAACGAAGAUAAGCGCUGCCGUCCCAUUCUUUUUCACUCACAGGGUGGUUCAGAGGCUGGAAAUCAGAUCCUCCAAAAACAUCUGCCACCAGGCGAUCUGGGCGUUAAUAUCUGGGGGAUAAAUGGGUCGCUUUCCAGUGAUUCAUCAGGAAGUCCCCUGAAUUGUGGCCUCAAUGAGAAGCCUGAAAAACUCUAAACCCGAUAUUAUACUCGCCCUCAGCCUAGAUCUUUAGCUGCUGAAUUUCUAACUCGAGUACAUAAUCAAGUACAUAUAUCAGGAACAGGUGGAUUAGGAAGAGAAAACAUGUGCAGAUUUGUAUACAAGAUUCUGCUUUCUGCAGCGUUUUGGUAGGAAGACUUGGAUGAAGACGGAGUAGCUGGAGCUGUGUCGGUUGCUGUGCCCAUCAAUGGCAGCCCGAUCCGAGCAGUCUUCAGUCUCGGCUACCCGCUGUUUAUGCACUGAUUGGUGCAUGAUUUCUCCUGUUUUUUUGGAGCUUCUUUUUGCCUCCCCCUAAACGUUGGGGUUGAGAAAUGGCAAACUCAACGUGUAUAUACACAGAGGCAAUUGUGUAUUUUGGAUGUGAAGUUUUGAGAGGAGGAACCACACAAUUGAAUACAUUUUCCUUCUGUUGAAAAACUUGUUUCAGCUUUUAAAAUUUAAAUUCAAUUGUUACUGUUUAUAACAUUGUUCAA